CCAUUGUUUUUUAGUACGGAUGGCACACUGCUGUCCCAUUCCAUACACACAUAGCUUCACGAAGCGUUCGCCAAGGCUGGUAGCACGACGUAAUGCUACCUACUGUCUUUUUCCUUCAUCCAGGUCUAUGCUCCAGGUGAUGUCACAAGCUGCACGUUUGCAGCGCGCGCACGAACCCUCUGUUUGAUCUGUGCGCGCAUGCGGAAAAGUUCUGCUUCGUGCUGCUUGCCAUUGCAAUUGUUCGACUUGCAGCGGCUGAAACAAUGCCACAGCGGCUGCGGCUGCUGCGGCGCCCAUGCAGUGCUGUGGGGUGCCGGAGCGAACAGAGCAAGAAGAGCUCCGUAUCGUUCUUCAGAUUCCCCAGGGAUCCCGUCAAGCGUAAGGCUUGGGAGAUGAAUAUGGGCAGGAAGGACUGGCACGCAUCUGACGCUUCUCUUUUGUGCUCGGAACACUUCAUGCCAGACUGCUACAAUGAAGAUUUGCGCCUGCACGCCGAGUUCAGGAUACCCGUGAAGCUGAGGCUCCGGCCAGACGCGGUGCCGACGGUGUUCCCACACCGACCCAUUCUGCAAGCCAAGCACCGUGGCGCUUUCGAAAAACGUCGAAGAAAAGAGGUCAUUGAUGCUAUCUUGAGAGAAAGUGGUGGGAAUGAAGAGCUUGACAUGCAGAAGGAGCAUUCCCCACUGGGAGCAGAAGUUGCCGUGGAAGCAGAUCCAUGUUGUCUAGGUGGCGCAAAUGACUCCUUGACCUCAACUGCCUCGUGUAGCACAGAUGCAGGUAUACAGAACGACUGUGGGAGGCAUUCAGAAUAUGUUCAAGUGUUUCUGCAACCAGUACAACAACAUGUAUGGAUUCAAACCACUGCUAAGACUGCGAAUUCAGUGGCUGAACCAACUCUACCGCGGCACCCAUGUUGCGCUGUGGGGUGUCAGAGCAAAAAGAGCAAGGAGAGCUCCGUAUCGUUCUUCACGUUCCCCAAGGAGCCGGUCAAGCGUAAGGCUUGGGAGAUGAAUGUGGGCAGGAAGGACUGGCGUGCAUGUGGCACUUCUGUUUUGUGCUCAGAACAUUUCACGCCAGACAGCUACUUUGGCGAUUUGCGCCUGCUCUCCGAGUUCAAGAUACCUGUGAAAAAGCUGAGGCUGCGGCCAGAUGCAGUGCCGACCAAGUUCGCGCACAGACCCAUCCUGCAAGCCAAGGGCCAUGGCAUUGGGCCAUUGGAAGAAUGUCGAAGGAAAGAGGUCAUUCAUGCUCUCUUGAGAAAAAGUGAUGGGAAUGAAGAGCUUGACAUGCAGAAGGAGCAUUGCCCACUGGAAGCAACAACGGCCGUGGAAGCUGAUCCAUGUUUAGGUGGCACAAAUGACUCCUUGACCUCAACUGCCUCGUGUAGCACAGAUGCCGGCAUACAGAACGACUGUGCAAGGCAUUCUAAAUGUGUUCAAGUGUUUCUGCGACCAGUGCAACGACAUGUACGGAUUCAAACCACUACAAAGACUGCAGAUUCAGGUUCGCAAACUGAUGUUGGAUUUGAAGUAGGAGCUGAAGACAUUGGCACUACCUUAGUGUGGCACUCUGCUCCUCAUAAAAGCCGGCAGUAAAGUGGUGAACCGUUCAUCAUUUCUCAUGAUUUGGACUCUUCGCACAUGGUUGUUUGCUGGGAGCUUUAAAUGUGACUGGCGAGUCCCCUGGCUCACAGGAUGAAUCAAAAUAUGCUGUUUUGUAGAGUAGAUUAUUGCAGCUAUCUUCAAGAUGCAAGCAUCACAACUAAUGUGAAUGACACAGCACUUGAAGUCAUAGCUCUCUGCCCCAACCAGCACAAAUUUGUUUGGCACAGUCAGCCCCAAAUUGGACCAUUUGCUGCUGGGAAUGUGCUGCAGCAGAAAUUCUUUUCUGGCCUGAAUCCAGUGAAGUCUUUGCAGAUGCUGCCAUCGGCAAAGGUGGCUACCAUGUCAAAGAGGACUUCCGUCAUCAGCAGAACCUGUUCAUUCCGUCUGUGCAGAAAGUGUUAAGAAUCGUGUGUGCCAUCCAGUCUGCUUUCCACCGUCAUAUUAUAAAUGUCACAAGUAGAAAAAUUGGUUUAUUUCACUGACUGUAAAGUGCAGUACAGGUUAUUAUUGCAUCGCAGUUGACAUGAACACAAAUUUAAACUGCCUGAUAAACAGUUGCAAAGACCCAUUACCUCAAGUAACUUCCCCCUGCCACUAAUGCUGCUAAAGCUGCUGGUAGUGACACUGCCUGGAAGAAUUAGCUGUGGCUACUGUAUUAAAGUGCUGUUUCUAAACAUUG